UUUUUUUUUUUAAUAUACUUUUCCUUUUUCUUUUUCUCAUCCAACAACAUCAUUAAAAACAUGACUGAAAAAGAAUCUUCUCAAGAAUAUGCUACUCGGUCAGGACGAACAACAGGCAGUGACAUUGGUGAACUUCAACAAAAGAUAUCAAAAGCUGAAAAAGAACUUGUUCAAUUAAGACUAGAACUAGAUCAAACUCGACAACAAGGAAAGCAAGCUGAACUACAUGCUCUUGAAAGUGGACGAACCAAUCGUAAGCUAAAAGCUGAAAUUCAAACCUUGACUGAUAUGAGCAACCGAAAGGAUCGACAAGCAGAAAAUGCAAAGGCAACUGCAUUCUUUUUUGAAGGUCAAGUGAAAAAGUAUACUGAUGAAAUUGAAAGUGCAAGACAAGGUAUGGGACAUUUGAAGUUAUUGGAUGACGAAUUACGGGAAGCCAAAGAAGAACAACAACGAUUGGAAAAACAAGCCCAAACAGAAUAUGAACAAGUUAAACUAAAGAUUCAACAAACACAAGAAAAAUACAAGACGGAUAAAGAAGAAUUGAACAAGAUGAUUGCAGCUGCAUAUCAAGAUUUAGUCACUUCUUCUGAUAAGGCUUUGAAACUUCAACAACAGGUAGAAGCUCGAUUGGCAUUUCCUUCUUCUCAAGAUAUUGUACAAUUGGAAAAAGAUUACAAAAUCAAUCAACAAGAACAAUUGGAUAUGGUUAAUUCUGUACAUCAUCAAGUGAAUCAACUCAAAGAUACUUUAGAACAAUCUGAAAAAACUACUCAAUCACAUGAAGAAACGAUGGCUACAGUACGACAAGAAAUGGAUAGAAUCAUGCGACGUUUACGGGCUAUUGACACUCAAACAGAAUAAUUAGUUUUUUACUAUGAUUAUUUUAUCUUAUUCCUUAUCAUAUGAUUGUCUUUUUAUUAAAAAAAAAUAAAAUAAAAUGCAAAUCGUUUGGAUACCCUUUUCCUUUGAUAUGGUCUGUCUUGAAUCUAUACAAUCAGU